CUACAUAAAAUAAUAUGAAUUCUUACAAAUUGUUAUAAUUGUGUUAACCUUUAGUAAACAAAAGAGACUCUUAUGUUUUACACUCCUGUUGGAGGUUGGUUGAUGUGUUGUAACAGUAAAAAGGUCAUUAUUUUGCUGUGAUUUUAUUUUGAACUACAAUUCCCUGCACCAACAAGACAACUGCAUCGGAUCAACAUUUCCAAAAAACACAUCUUGAACUCAGGAGCGCAUAUCACUGUUAGCCUGAAGCCAGUGUGGUGGAAAAUAAUGAACUGUUAUCAGGAGUUGUUAAAAAAAAAAAAAAUCAGGUUUGUGAAGCAUUGAUUUGGAUUAAUGUAUUUGGUUAAUGUGUGGAAACUUUUAUAAAUUGGUUUAAAGGAAAAAGCUUUGGACAUCAUCUGUCGUGAUGAAGAACAAAUCAAGUAUCGGCAAUGUGAUUUGAACCAAUGUGUGUCGUUUUUUCGGCACACGCCUCAAAGCUUCAGAUUAAAGGAAAUUAAAAUAUUUUCCUGAAAUUCAUCACCAACAACCAGGAUAUUUAACUAAGAGCAAAGUUAAACUACUGAAAGAGGUGAAGCAGAAGCCUUCCUGAAGAAUCUCCAGAACACGCAGAAAUUGUUUGCUACAUUUAAAAGACAAAUGAAGCCAAGUCCCGACAUGGAGAAACAUCAGCACUCUGCCAAGAGUUUUACUAAACAGAGUGAUCUCAAAAAACACCAGCGCAUUCACACAGGAGAGAAACCACAUCACUGCUCAGACUGUGGGAAGAGUUUUAAUCGACAGAGUCAUCUCCAACAACACCAGCGCAUUCACACAGGAGAGAAACCACAUCACUGCUCAGACUGUGGGAAGAGUUUUAAUCAUCACAGUGAUCUCAAAAAACACCAGCGCAUUCACACAGGAGAGAAACCGUUUCACUGCUCAGACUGUGGGAAGAGUUUUAAUCAACAGAGUAAUCUCAAAAAACACCAGCGCAUUCACACUGGAGAGAAACCGUUUCACUGCUCAGACUGUGGGAAGAUUUUUACUACCCAGAGUGAUCUCAAAAAACACCAGCGCAUUCACACAGGAGAGAAACCAUUUCACUGCUCAGACUGUAGGAAGUGUUUUAUUACACAGAGUAAACUUAAAAUACAUCAGCGCAUUCACACAGGAGAGAAACCUUAUUACUGCUCAGACUGUGGGAAGAGCUUUAAUCGACUGGAGACUGUCAAACGACACCAGCGCAUUCACACAGGAGAGAAACUGCAUCACUGCUCAGACUGUGGGAAGAGUUUUACUGAACAGAGUGCUCUCAAAAUACACCAGCGCAUUCACACAGGAGAGAAACCAUAUCACUGCUCAGACUGUGGGAAGAGUUUUACUCAACAGAGUAAUCUCAAAAUACACCAGCGCAUUCACACAGGAGAGAAACCAUAUCACUGCUCAGACUGUGGGAAGAGUUUUACUAUACAGAGUAAUCUCAAAAAACACCAGCGCAUUCACACAGGAGAGAAAAAAUUCCCAAAUUUGUCCCAUGGCAAUUAAAAGCGCAAAUCAUAAAUUCCACCAGAAACAAAUAUGAACUGUAUUUAACAAUUGAUUUUACAGGUUCAGCAAAACUAUUCUUAUCCAGGGAUGAUGUGUAUAGAAUUCCAUGUUAUGUUUGUAUGUCUUGUAUGUUUGAAUAUUCCAGGACAUUCUUUGUGAGACAGAGCUCAGUUUUUAGGUUAGUUACUGUUGCGCAGUAAGGUUACAGGCUCAUUCACUCCCUCUGCUGGUGUUCUUGUUUGUCUAUGGUUCAGUCCAAUUAAAAAUCUGUUACUAUAGAGGGAUAUUUGGUUGUGUUGUAUUACUCAAGUUGUAUACUCUCUUAUCUUUUCCUUAUUGAAUAUUAAAUGUUGCUUAUGGUUUUUUUAAUCUCCAAAGUUACUAAGAAUAUCCAAAUAAUGUAGUUUCUUAAUUGUUUUUAUCCAGUACAAACUAUUAUCUUUGUAUUACUUCACCUCUAUAUUUACCCAUGUGUGUUUUAAUUAACGGCUUUUAUAUUGCAGAUCUCCAGUCUCAUUGUGUUUUCUCAACACAUGUUUGACAUGAAACCUAUAGGCCUGAGAUUGUCAUAUCCAGUUAUAUUAAGACUAUGGUUUGUGUUUUUUUUCUCCUAAAUCUCUUGUAAUGUAACUAUGCAUAACCAGUCAUAUUAAGACUCUGCUUGAAGUGCAAACAGAGACAGAACAUGUUUUAAGCACAGUACAGUCUUGUUGGUCACUCUGUUACCGUCUGUCACUCUGUUAAAAGUAGCAGAAGCAUCUUCUAUGCCAGGAGUAUUUAAUUAGAAUUCAGAAUGAUCCAGUUAUACAAAAUUCCUCGCCUGUCUCUCUGUCGCACUCGGCGUGACUUUAGUUUUCGUCCGUUCUCGUUUUUUCGCCCAUUCUCGCCCAGGCUCACUAUCUCCUUAUAAAGGCGUUUUUUUCACGGCCAUGUCCCAAUUCAACAGCCGGAGCAGCGGGACCGCGACCCUGACAACACGGGUUCGAUCCAGCGUGAGGAGCGGUGUGUUUAUUUAUUUAUUUUUUCCACGUCUGCACAGAUCUGAUUGACUGAAGAGAGUGGUUGGUGAUAUUACAUCACACGUGAUUGGUCUGUGAUUUACUGCGCCGCAAAGCGUGUAUACAAUUAAAUCCUUCUCAAUAGGUUUGGGUCCGGACCCGGACCACGGUCCGCCCGUGACCUCUGUUCUAUGCAAAUUCCCCGAAUUUUCCUCUUCUGCUCACUGCUCAACCACCAAACUCGCUGCUACUGUGUUGCCAGUUGCCAGUGUUGUAUCUUAAAAAGUCCACACUAAACUGUGAGAGGUUUAAGCUUGACGAGAAAUAUCGUCUCAUCUUAAUCUCGUGAGAUCUCGU